UCAUGUUAUGGUGUGAAGUAACCAACAAAACAGUUUUGUAAAGAACUCGAAGCAUAGACCGGUUUUCUUUCAAAGAGGUGAUAGACAAACCUGAUGAAGUUUUACAUUCACUCCAAUGACCAUGAGUUCACCAUGGUGGUCAGAUGUGAGGAGGGCUACCAUGGAACUGUGGAGGACAUUGCCAGGAUGUUUAUUAAAGAACUGAAGAAGAAACUACCAGCAGAAAGCCUAGAUAGUGUUGGUUUAGAAGUGAAAAAAGGUUAUAAAAUUUUAGACAUGAAAGAGGAAGUGAGGAAAAAAGUUCAAGACAAAGAAGAUCUGUUUCUUACUAUACACAAAGGUGCCAAACCAAAAUCUGACACGAAGAAAAGUGCUGAUGUUAAAGAGCCUAAACCUUCUGAAAGUAAAGUUACUAAAGCUGAGGAACCUGUGUCUUCCAAGCCAGAAAGGAAACCCAAUAGCAAGGCUGAUGGGCUGAUGCAGAUAGCUGUUCAGUUUAUAUCAAAGGGCAACUUUCAACAAGCUGUCAUGACACUAGAAGAAAUCACCAGGAUAGAUCCAAGCAACAUGGAAGCUCACUUAGGUCUUGUUGAUAUUUAUCUGAAGGCAGAGCGACCCAAGAAGGCUUUGAAGUGGUGCAGAAAAACACGAGAACUCUACAACAGCAAGGAAUUGGCACUAAGGGAAGCCCAGUGUUAUUUGAACAUGAAGAAGUCCGACAAGGCCAUUGAUCUUCUCUUGGCCUAUUGUAAGGACAUGAGAAAGUCUGGUGGAGGAUCUCAAGCAAAUAAAUAUGAUGUACAGGUGAUGUUAGCCAGAGCUUAUUUACAGAAGGACCAGAAAGAUAUGGCUAUUACAGUACUACAGGGUGUUCUAAGGGAGGAUGAAAAGAAUGUGGAUGCACUGGCAGAGUUUGCUCCCCUGAUAUUUCCAUAUGCUCAGCCAAGCCAGAAGGAUAAUACUAUGUCAGUUGUCCUCACUCUUCUCUCCAACAACAAAGAUAACAGCUUCAUCAAGGAGAAGUUUGCUUCAAUGUGUAAAGCAGAGCAUGGACUUGAGGUCUUAGAAAGUGUGUCUGGACAAGCUUGGAAAGAUGUUUCAGCUGUGGUUUUCAUGGCAACCUCCUUGCGGGACUGUGGAGCCAUACAGGAGUCACUCAAGUUAUUGCACCAUGCCUACAGACUGGAGCCAAGCAAUGCCCACACACUGCUAACCUAUGUACAUACAAUGGAGUUAGUGGAACAACAUACAAAGGCAGUUACCUUGAUCAAAGAAUUUGUCCAGAAAUUCCCUGACCAGACAGCAGGAUGUUUUAGCUGCGGAAUGGUCGAGCCUGUCAUCAAGGGGUUAACAGGGGAUAUCUAUUGUAACAUUCCGGAAUCCAAUGACCCAAACCUUGCACAUGUUGACCCUAUCAUUGGUGACUACACUGAGGAACAACGCUACCUCUUGGCUCUCAUGUUUACAUUGGUCAAAAUACUGUUUGUCAAAGGAGCACUUGGUUACAUUCCAUCCCUGACAAGGUUACUUGAUCCCUGCUGUGAAGGUCACAAUCUCCAUGAGACCAACAUCAGGAAUGAAUAUGCCUACUACACCUGUAUUGGCAAGGUACUAAGCCAACAAGAGGAGCUACCCCACCUCACCCCUGACACAUCGUAUGUCUACUUUGUAGGCGACAGUCAUUGUGUACCUCCUGCCUGGCAGAAAAUCAGUUAUCAGGGAAGCCCUGUCACUAUCCAUCCUAUCCUGUCUACAGGGACAAAGAUCUGGCACCUGAGGGAGGAGAGUGUCUUCUAUCCCAAGACGAACUUUGAGUCAGCAGUAGACAGCAUACCAAACAACUCUACUGUGAUGUUUUGUUUAGGAGAGAUAGACUGUCGCGAGGCUCUUCUAUACUGUGUAGAACAGGCCAGAUAUGAUAGUUUAGAAGAUGCUAUCAAUGCAGUCAUAGACAUCUACCUUGAAAAGUUGCUAAUGCUGAGGAAGGAAAGGAACUGGGACAUCCAUGUACAUCCAGUGAUGCCUGUCCUGGAGCCUACAAGACCAGUAGUGAUGCAGUUCAACAAACAGCUGGCUACAAGAGUCCAUAAAAACAAGCGGCUACACUGGUUGACCUUUGUAGAAGAUCUUCUGAUAGAUGGUUCUUUACGUCCAGAGUAUGAGUUUGAUGGCACACAUUGUCAUCCAAGUUAUGUAUCCCUGUUAGAGAAAGCACUGGCAGAGAACAAAGUGGAAACCAGCCAGACCUGAUAUACAGGAACUUCAUGACCCACUCACUACGAACAUGUUGUACAGAUCAGAAAUAUGAUUACAAAGAAUGUGUGGAAUACUAUAGCAGACAGUAUUAGAAGGAGUUAUACAAUUAUAAUACAGGGAGUUAAGUUUGAAAAACCUCAAUGGAGUUUCAUGUCAUAUAUGUAGUUUUACAAGACCUAUGUUAUUAAUGAAUUUGCCGUCCAAAAGAAAUCUGUUAUUGUCACACUUUUUACACCAAUCAAUUUUUAAUUUGUAUAAAAAUACCUGUUCAUUCCUUUAUAAAAUCAUAUACUUCU